AAAUGCGAGUCUUAGGUCUCGUCCCAUUAUCAUCGUUGGUUGCUGUUGAUAAUUACCUUGUUGUUGACGUGGUAUUUCCUAACCUAUAUUUGAUAUUAUGGCGUGACUAUCCUAACCUAUAUCUGAUAUGACAGGUUUCAUGUAAAGCGUAAAGUAUAUUCAGGUUGGAAAUAUUCUAUACUGUUGCAUGAAGUAAUGUGCUCCUCAGUCUCUCUGCAAUAUAAAAAUGCUUUAAAAGACGAAUAGGUAAAUUUGAGUAUCUGAAGUUGGACAUAGUGCCCUUAAAUUAUAAUGAGUGAAAACCAACAAGAGUUAAAUAAAGUUAAAAUCAUAACAUGGAAUGUAAACGGUAUUCGUUCGCUGUAUAAAGAUGCUGCUUUCAUUAAAAAAGGACUUGAUUCGUUAGAUGGCGAUAUAAUAUGUCUUCAAGAAACGAAGAUAACACGAAGUGCCCUUGAUCAGGGAACAGCAAUUGUUGAUGGUUACAACUCGUAUUAUGCAUUUUCAAGAAGAAGUGGUUACUCUGGUGUAGCAACAUACUGCAAAGAUGCCUUUACUCCAUUUAGAGCAGAGGAAGGUUUGUCAGGCCUUUUUGAAUCCUCUGGUGCAGUGGAUAGUGUGGGUUGUUAUGGAAACAUAAGGGCUGAAUUCUCUAAGAUUGAACUUAGAGAAAUAGAUUUAGAAGGGCGAGCCGUCAUUACUCAACACAAAAUUAAGAUAUCCAGUGGAGAAGAUAAGACACUGACGAUUAUCAACGUUUACUGUCCAAGAGCUGAUCUUAACAAUACAGAAAGGCUUCGAGUUAAACUGAGAUUUUAUCAUCUUCUUGAGGUUCGUACAAGGGCUAUAUUGGACUCCGGAAGCUACGUCAUUAUAGUUGGCGAUAUAAACGCUUGUCAUAAGCCCAUUGAUCACUGUGACCCAUCAGAUGUGAUGGACAUGAAGACAAGAAUGACGAUAAUGCUAGUACUGGUAUGCUUCACAUAUGAAGCUACUGCUGAAGGCAUCUCCUCAGUUGGUGUUAAACCAUUCAAUGCUGUUCAUGAUACAAAUGAUUCGACAGCUUCGUUCUCCAUGCCGGUGCAGUAUUCUAUGGCAGCUCCCGCAGUUGCAUCUGCACAGCUGGCUGCAGCCUCUUUGACAUCGGUUUCACCAUCAUAUAAUAUAAUUAGUACCACGCAGCAUCCCUUAUUUCCAUCAUCACAUUCCAGGUGGAUUCCUAAACCAUUUGUUCAGCGUUCACAGCCUCCAAAUUUUUCUAUCUCGGGACCACUUUACAAUCGUAGGAUUUCCUUCUCUGCAGGUUAUUCUGCAUCAGAGCCACUCUUUGAUUCGUAUAACAGCAAUGAACCUCAGUAUCAUCAGAUAUCUCCACCAUAUCAACAGAUCAAGAGCACAAAGAUACACCAGUCAUAUCCUUCCCUGCAUCAGUCGUAUAUACCAGACACUCCACCAUCAUCAUAUUCUUCCCCGCAUCAGUCGUAUAUACCAGGCACUCCACCAUCAUCAUAUUCUUCCCCGCAUCAGUCAUAUAUACCAGACACUCCACCAUCAUCAUAUCAGCAGUACUAUGAACCUUCUGUCCCUUCCAAACCAUAUUUCCUCAAACAUAUAAGUCAUUAUAACCCCAGUGCUCAUAAUCUGAUAGAUUUCCCCACGCAUUCAUAUAAAGGAAGUCUGGGAGGCAAUUCCAACUCCUACUACAAAGUAAUGUUUCCCUUAGCUCUGCUGGGAAUCAGCAUUCCGGCUAUUGGAUUAAUGUACACGUACCUAAGUCGAAGGCGUCGGCGUGAUUUAAGUUCAGAUGGUGGUAAUUAUUUUCAGCCAUCUGUUAAUGACCUCCAGUAUUAUCUGGAUAUUUUACAAAGCAGCAUUCAGCAUUUCCAGGAAGAUAUGAAUAAUGAACCAAGUAUAAAUGACUCACAUUGGUGAGCUGAAUAGUCGAUAUCGUGUCAGUGACUUCACCAACAUCACUGUAACAGGAUUAAUGUACUUUUUGAAGACACGUGGCUGUGUGAAGUGAGACUGUGUGCGAAAAGUAUGUGACACUGACCGUAAAUGAAAUUUACCAUAUCACAGUCCUUUAUUGACUUCACAUGAAGUGUAUCUUAGUCCAGUGGUUUUAAAGUGCAGUGUAUUAGUAACUGAACUAUUUUUGGUCUUCAGAGGUCCAAGCUCAUUUUUAACCUGCCAUCUGGUUUUUUCAUGGAAGAUCUCAGUGGGCUAGAAACACCAGAUGGAACAUUGACUUAAUUUUGCCAUAUAUUACGUUCAUUUUGUUACAUUAUCAGAAUGUCUAAUCACUUCUUUAUUGAAGGCCUAGUGAUUUGUCCAUCUUGUACAAGGCUCCAACUGCACAAACAUUUUGUCUGAUUCUGAAUGCAUAUACUGGGCAUGAUUGUUGGUCAUUGUAAAUCAGGAGUUAUUGUACUUUUUAACACACAUUACCUUGUCCUUUCAGCAGUGUUACUGAUGAUGCAUCGUUGUCUACACAAACAUGGAAGAACGAAGCAGAGAAAUAAGUUUUUUCUGGAAAUACUAAAAUAAUCUCUAACACUGGUUAACAAAACAAUGUUUGUGAAUGUGGAGGUAGACCAUAUAUACUAUCCAUCAUUACCAAAAUAUGUUUUUCCCCUCAAGAAGAGUAUGUAUACCAGAAUUGAUGUGCAUGUGCAGUGGAUCAUGGGUAUUGGAGACAUGUCAGUACGCCUUGGUAUCUGAGCAUCCGUUACCUUCAAAUUACCAUGUGCAGGAUGUAAGAACUGUACCAAAUUUCAUAAAAACCUUGCAGCUA